ACCCGCCCAGGAUCUCGGCGUUUUCUCGCGAUGCUCAGGCACUCACCUGCCAUCCUUUGCCUGCAACCACCAUGCAAGAUUCAACCAGCCUGGAAGUAGAUGGCCGAGUUGCUGACGGCCCAAAGCGGUUGCAAACUGCCAACUCAGCAACGCCGGGCGCCGGGCUGGGAAACGAACAACCUUACACGGCGCCUAAAGUGGCAAUCUCCUGUUUCCCGAAACAACCAUGCGCCGUCAUCAAAUAAUUGUCCUUGGCCUCCCGCUCGAGCCUCUCCCCUCGGUUGUGUCUCGUCUCCUUUUGUCGAGGAGACGCCGGCAGGGUCUUUUGCUCAACAAUGUGUACUUUCUGGUGUGUGGUUCAAGUUCAACGAAAGUCGCUCUCAGGCCACAGCCCCGCUGCGCUGGCCUUGCAGAUCGCCCCGCCUUUGCCUGGGCAGGGGUCCCAUUUUUUGCGGCCGGCAUGCCUCCAGCCAUCCAAUCUGCGCCGUCCACGACCCAAAACCACAAGGACGGAACCCGCCUGCAUCGUCGAGCCCCAGCAUCAUCCGGCAUGCCAACUCAGCCGUCGCUCGCCAAUCAACUCCCGCCACCAUGCCUCGCUCUUCCCGCUCGCCUCUUGCCGGCAGGAGCCCGCCGCAUCUCUGACAGUUUCCGCUGGCCUUGGUUCCAGGGACCAUGCUUCUUUUGCCCCAGCCGAGGUCCCGAGCUGCCGCCAUCGCCCAUGUCUUCGUGUCAGCUCAGGGCAGAGGAAAAUCAAAGAAGCCCCGGGAACAUGGUCUGGUUCGAUCGGUUCAGCUCGACAGGCGGAGGAGCGUGCCGUGUAACAGGACGAGAGUCAGUGGGAGCUGCUGAUUCGCAACGGCCGAGAUCUUGCAGGCGAUCCCCCGCCGAGGCCCUGGUUGGAGGGUGGGUGGGUUGGAUGCAGUCGGUGCGCCUCCUGGACUCGGCUCCGAUGGCCAGCUUCUGAAUCAGGCGGGCUGCCGCCUUCCAUUGGCUGCCGGUUCCCGGCGCUCUCCCGUGCGCCG